ACUUGUCCGCCAACACAUCCCACCCAACCCGAACCCUCCCAUACUACAAAAUUCCUCCCCCACAACUUCCCAACAUGUCCUCAAACCACACAAACCCCCUCAACCCAUCGAUUAAUCGCAUUCCAAAACUACUACAACCCAAUAAUCCACAAACACACAAAAUGUCAAAUCCCGCGUUCAACCACCCCGACCGCACACACCUCAACGCAACAGCCUCACCGCGCUAUCAUCCUGCCCACCACCCCGCGCCACAGCGCUUCUCGGUCCUCAUCGAUAGCGAGUCUCCCCAGCCCACAAGCGCGCCACGGACCGUGCAUUUCGAUGACUUCGCACCGCAGCAGCAACAGCAGCAGCGGUCUGCGAAUACGCAUGUAGAGCAACAAAUUAAGAGCGGUGUAUCAUGGGAGAAGAUGACGCCUGCGGAGCGGUUAAGGGAGGAGUGGCGGGAGAAGAAGGCGCAGAAGAUUGCGAGGAAGGGGGGAGAUGGGGAGAUGGGGAAGGAGAAGCGGAAGGGGAAGGUGUCUUUGGGGAGGGCGCUUGUGAGGAGACUUACGGGGAAGGGGGUGGGGGAGAAGGAGAAUGGGGGGAAGGGGAAGAUGGAAUAG